ACCACAUUCGUUAGAGCUCACCUGGUUGUGAAAGCCGAAGUGCUCUGUUGUCACACUAUGCAGCUCACCUUGGGAUUGGCCACAGACUUUUAUUUAGGAUAGGCAUAUUAUUAUUUUCGGGGCAUUUAACAUUCAUGUGUGCGUUCAAAAUGUAUGUCGUCGUACUUUUGUUCCUUUUCGCGACACUUUCGACGGUGGACAGCGUGGGGAAAUGGUCGCUGAAUUACAUCUACACUGCUCUGUCAAAGCCAGUAGAAUUGCCUGGUAUCCAUGAGUUCACUGCCAUGGGUCUGAUGAAUGACAAACAGAUUGAUUACUAUGACAGUGUGUCAAAGAAGAAGAUUCCCAAACAGGACUGGAUGAGGGAGAAGCUGCCAGCAGACUACUGGGAUAAAGGCACUCAGUCACGCAAGAGCAAGGAGCAGUGGUUCAAAGUCAACGUCAACAUCCUGAUGGAUCGCAUGAGGCACAACAACACUGAUGUGCAUAUCCUUCAAUGGAAACAUGGCUGUGAGAUUGACCAACAGAGUGACGGCACAUUGAAAUUCAUAAAGGGCACAGACCAGUACAGCUACGAUGGUGACGACUUCCUGGCCUUUGAUGAUGCCAAUAUGCAGUGGGUGGCCCCAGUUUUUCAAGCUCAGCCGACUAAGAGGAAGUGGGACGGGGUCCAGAUCCUCAACCAGUACACCAAGGGCUACCUGGAGAAGGAGUGUGUGGACUGGCUUUCCAAAUUCAUGGCAUACGAGGACAAAGUCGUCAGUAGGGCUGAUCCCCCAAAGGUCUAUGCGUUUGCUAAAAAGGCCAAAACUGCCGGAAAUGUCCGACUGACCUGCAUGGCCACAGGUUUCUAUCCCAAAGAUGUAGAAAUGCAUAUUAAGAAGAAUGGUGUUCCAUUGACCGAACGUGAUGGAGUGCAGUCUACAGGAGUCCUACCCAAUGAUGAUGACACUUACCAGAUCAGGAUGAGUGUGCAGAUCCCAGAGGCAGAUAAGGAAACUUAUGAAUGCUCUGUCAACCAUGUAGCUUUGAAGGAGCCAGUUGUGGGAAAAUGGGAUGGGAAAUGCUGCGAUUGUACCCAAGUAACAGGUGUUAUCAUUGGUGCUGUUGUUGUGUUGGUCCUGCUGACCGUGGUUAGCUCCAUGUUGGUUCUUUGGAAGAAAGGCAAAAUAUUUGCUGGUAAAAAAGGAGAUCUACCAGCUACUGGGAUCCAGGCACCUCUAAAUGGCAAUGGAAAUGGAGCCGCCGUUUUGAACAUGCCUGGUCAAGGCAGCAUCGAACGUCUAGAGGAGGAGGCAAUGCUGGCUAAUGGAGGGACAAAGGAUGACGCUAGCAGCACUGACUCUGGUCAAGGCAGCAUCGAACGUCUAGAGGAGGAGGCAAUGCAGGCUAAUGGAGCCAUUGAGGAGUGACUGACAACGCAUCUAAAUCUAGCAAACAACAUGUGAUUCUGUUUUGUCAACAAAUACUGUCAAUCUGGAUGUGUACAUUCCCAAGAAUGGACCGUUGUGAUCGGCUUGAAUUUGAAUACUUAUUAAUGAAUGUUUUGAUCUUUUGAAUAUCAUAAUAGAAUUCCUUUUCAAUAAAUUGACUUGUAAACCGCCUAUAUUUGGGCCAUUUUAAUGUAUUGGUAUUGGAACCUUAUUCUAUUUCUAUUGUAGAUUGUUUAUUUUAAAAUAGAAACCAAUCAUUUAAAUCGUUGCACACACAUGCACUGAACUGCUUUGUAAAUAUGUUUUGUUUUCAUUUUUCGGGGAAAGUAUAAAUAACUGCUUUAAUAAAAUACUCCUUUAUGAACCAA